GGAGCGUGAGAUGCGGGAGCGGCUUUUGAAAUGAUUGUCGACAUCUUCUUGACCUUUCUUGAACUUCUCGAUGCUGCUGCCGAAAACCUUCUUGAGGCCGGGCUUGGCAUCGCUGCUUCGUUUGCCUAUCGGUAGUUCUACGUUCAUCCAUCAGCUCAGAUAAGGUCGGACCUGAGCACGCAAUGGCCAGUAUGUGUAUAGCAAGCAGCCAGUGGAAAGCUGCGAAUCUCCAACUCCUGACAUCGCUUUCUUCUGCCCUGGAGUCAUCUGGCUACCGUCUGAAGUUUUCAUCCAUAUCUCCGGACUUUAUUUUUAAUCAAUCCGGAGUAUCAGUGGCUUUCAUUGUUGCUCUCUCAUGGGAACAGCUUGCAACGUCGACUGCCUGGGACAGGUUGGCCAAGAUGGAUGGUAAUUUUCAAAGGUCUUACCUACUGACGCCGUUAUCCUCGGAUGAGAGGUUCAUCGAGUUGUACUUCAGAUACAAGCAAAGGACGUGGAAACCACUAUUAAUUCCCAUUCGCGACUGGAACAUGGCUUUGAAGACAAUGUUGGUGAUGGUUAAUGCACAUGCAGAAAGCAAGCAGCAAGACGCAGUAUCCCCGGUGGUCAUAGAGCAACUCGAAUUCGUAAGCUCAACAGAAGCAGUUGAACAUGCUCUCUGUGCGAUACCAGGGCUGGAAGUCCAUGAUGUGCAUUCUCUUAUGUAUGGCAUUGGCCCUAUUGAAGCAAUAUCCCAAGCAAGUGCAGAGACAAUCCUGGAGUUUACGGAUCUGUCAAAAGAAAAGGCUCGGGGAGUCGAGGAGUUUUUCGGGAAUGAGAUCUAUAACAGGACUCCUGUGCUUGAGUGAUUACAAGAUGGUCGGACAGGCUAACAGCUAAGUUUGACCAAACAAAAACACAGAACUCGCAUCAUAGACAGAAUUAAUUGAUGAACGUUUAUUGAGAGAAAAUGGUAUCAAACAGAUUUUUAUCUGUGUUUUGUAUUAUCUAGGUUUUUCGAAAAUGAAUGCUCAGAAGCUUUUUUCAAAGCCCAGAUAGUAAUCCAAAUUUGCCA